AUGGAGACCGUCGUGACUGUUCCAAUGCCGCUCAUGGUGGUGGCGGGACAAGAGGCGGGACAAGAUCACCCCUUGACUCCUCCGGGGCCAUCCGAGUUGGACGAACUCCGGAAGCAGAACGUCGAGCGUGCUGCGGCGUCGUCGAGUGAAUUCAACAAGAUGACGUACGAGCAGAUGGCGCAGUUUCACGCGCAGCAGCAGGCAAUGGCCUUGCGCUUCCGCCGCGAACAAGAAGAAUCGCAUGCAAUAUUGUCGAAGAAGCAAGAACAACUGCGACGCCAACAAGAAGAGAUCAAGAUGGCGAUGGCUCAGCAAGCCAGGGUGACUGGAGAUCACCGGUUGUUGUUACAGCAAGCCUAUGAAGCAAUGAGGCAACUGCACACCAAGGUGGAGGAGCUGGACAUGAAACAACACCCUGCGCAAGAGGCGCCGGCGGUGAUGAGCCGUCCAGAGACCCUUAUUGGUGUUCAGCAAGUGCCGCUGGUCCCGAUGUACAAGGGCAGCACGAAGCCGCUGAACCGUGGUGUGGGAGGAAUCCUCUUCCUCAUGCCAGUGUCAUGA